AAUAGUUCACCAAUAGGAUUGAUCAAUCCCAUAAGACGUACAUACGCCAAUUCUUGAGCCAAGGUCAAGUGAUGCUUACGUCACCUGCAGACCUCGACGGCUUGUUUACCAUUUACGCUGUGCGGUAUUGCUUGUGUUUUUGUUAAUUCGAAAAGGUCGUACAAGUGAUUGAAGAGUUGGAAAUUCGUUUUUCACUUAGUUCUACGUUUUAAAAACUAUUAUUUGUGUGUAUUAUAUAUGUGGAGAAUAGUGAACAAAGACAAUAUUAUUGUUUAAGGCAAAAUAAUCUUGUGAGACUUUCAAGGGUAGGUAAAAAUGUUUUGUUAUAUUAAAGCUGGAUUUAAAUAGCAAAAUAAAAAUUAAAAUCCAAGUCAGUUACUGGCUGAAAGAAAACCAGCUGAGCAGAAAUGACAAUUUAAUUGGCUUAUUUAAAUUUCUAUUCUUUAUACACUACAAUAAAAAAUUAAAAAAAUGGGCGAAUCAUAACAGCGUUUUUGGUCGGUUGGUUUGCAUUUGUCCAGCAACUAAUCUAGAUUUUUAUUUUACUUUUUUUUGCUAAAUGAAACUUUGUUUGUUUGAUUUUAGUGCAUGUAGUAUAUGUCCAAAAAUCAAAAUGCCUGGUACACGUUGUGCUGUGUAUGGUUGUGGUAAUACCUAUAAAACAAGGCAGCAAGAACAUGAAUAUUUUAUAUUUCAUCGGUUUCCCAAAGCUAAAGAUCUUGUUUCCCAAACUAUGAGAAAAGAAUGGAUAUUACGAUGCAAACGGGAAGAUAAAUUUAACCCUGAUACUAGCUACAUCUGCUCAGUUCAUUUCACAGAAAAGGAUUAUGAAAGAGACUUACAGAAUGAAUUAUUAGGUUUACCACUACGAAAAAUAUUGAAAAAAACCGCUGUUCCUACUUUGGGAUUGUAUUCAAAAAAAUCAACAAGUGAAGCUAGUAGUUCAAGCAUCAGUUCCAGAGAAGAAAGACUGGCCAAACGAAAUGCAAAGGAGGAAGUGAACAAACUUUUAAAAGUAGCCACGUGGGAUUAUGGAAACAGUUAA